GCGGCAGUCCCCCCUAUAAAACAUGGGCAGGUGAAAGAUAUUGAGAGCAAUACAUGGUGUCUGCGUUGCUCGAGGUAGUCAUUGCCAAGUUCUAACGGGACAAGGACGCUCUAAGGCCAACUGGCAUUCCUUCAUUCAAGACCGAGCAGCACCUAGCCUAACCAGUUCGCCAGUAAGAAGCUCUAACUUAGUAUCUUCCAGUUUGAAAAAUUCAGUUACAGUUCCUAUCGUUCCUGGAACUCGUAACUACCGAAACGUUGUUGAGGGCUAGCAAGUCACAAGACGACAAAAACAGCAUAUGAUUGUUGUCAUGGAAACAAGAAGGCUGUCGAAAGGGUCAUGUUUCCUGUUAGGAGCACUAUCAGUACUGUUUUGUAUUGAAGCAAGAACUGCAUUCGAAAAGCUAACCAACCUGGAUUAUCCAGGUAACACCUAUUAUACUAUACGAAACCUUUCCCUCUAUGAAUGCCAAGGCUGGUGUCGGGAUGAGGUGGAUUGCGUGGCUGCAGUGUUCAGGUUCGUGGUCAACCCACUGACCCCUGUUCAAGAUACUAUCUGUAUGCUACAGAAUGAAACGAAGUCAACGCAUCUAGCAGUGUUACCACAAAAGAGUACCAAUACCUAUCAUCUAACCAAAUUACAUAUUCGCUCAGAAAACGUUUGUAAUCGGCUUUGGGCUUUUGAGAGGGUUCCAAACAAAGCUCUCAGGGGAUUGGACAGUACCAUAAUCUUCACAGACAAUAAAGAGUCGUGUCUUGUAGCGUGUUUAAACGAGAAUCGCUUUCUGUGUCGCUCUGUGGAAUUUAACUACAGGAAACUACAGUGUCAUUUGAGCGUUUAUGAUCGGAGGUCACCAGGUGUCUUCGUUGAUAUGGUUGAUUUCAUGGAGGUGGACUACUUUGAGAAUUCCUGUCUCCAGUCGAAGGAAGUAUGCAGCUCUGGAGGUAGAAACUACGAUCACCCGACCCUGCCAAUCUCUCAAGAAUCAUUGGUGCGUUUUGUAGACCUUAAUUAUUACCCUGACAAGGAAUUGCUGGUUAACAACGAAGAAGACUGUUUGCGGCUGUGCAGCAUUGAAAAUGAAUAUAUAUGUCGUUCCAUGCUCUUUCGUUAUGACGUCCGCCCCAGACAGCCCAACUGUGGUUUAUACCACUUAGAUCACGUUACCUUUCCAGAUGGCGCUAAAACUUACUUAAAUCCAAACCCACCCCCUCUAUUAGACAAUAGAAGCACUGUUGGAGUCUACUUAGAAGCUAUUUGUGGAAAUGGCACUUCAAGACACCAAACAGGCAGUGGUUCAAUUGAUGUAAAAGUGCCCCCUGGAUUCCAAGAUACGACACAGUCAUCGUUAAUCACUGCUGAUAACGUGGACCCAGCAUGUGAUGCUUAUGGAUUUUGUUACGAUGUGACUCUACAAUGCACAGACAGAAAUAUUAUUGUAUUUAUAAAUACUAACCAACCUUUCCACGGUCGAAUCUAUGCCUUGGGAAGAAGUGAGACGUGUAACUCCAACAUUUUGAAUGGCCAGAAAUUUCGACUUGAUGUUUCUUUGACCGGACAGGAUUGUAAUACGCAGUCACUGAGUGGAGUCUACACAAAUACAAUCGUUCUUCAACAUCAUGGUGUAGUAAUGACAAAGGCUGACAAGGUUUACAACAUCAAAUGUACGUACGAUACUAACUCCAAAAACGUAUCUUUCGGGAUGAUGCCUGUGAGAGACCCAGACACUAUGCAAGUAACAGCUUCUCCACAAGCCCCGAUGCCAACCAUCACCAUUCUGGGUUCCAACAAUAGAGAGGCAACAACAGUAAGAAUCGGAGACAAAUUAACUUUCCUCAUCGAAAUACCAGGCAACUCGCCUUAUGGAAUAUUUGCUAGAAGUUGUGUGGCUAUGGCAAAAGAUGGGAGAAGUACUUUUCAGAUUACUGAUGAUAAAGGCUCAAAAGCAACUUGCGGUUUACGGGGGGAAAGUAGGAUACGUCGUAAAACGCCCAUCAGGGCUAAAUUUAAAAAUGAAAUAAUAACAUCAUUAGCCGAUAAUUAUUCUGUUGAAGUGGUUUGUGGACUUGGAAGGGAGGUUUACGAAUCGUGGGGCCGUCGAAAGAGAGCGCUACCAUCUGAGAAAUACAACGACGAGAUGACUUUAAGUCAUGAAAUCCUGGUUCUGGAUUAUGGCGAUGAAUCUGCAAGCGCUAGAAAGGAUGACUAUCAAAAAUAUAAUAAUACAUACAAUAUCCACGAAUCUGUCAGCGUAAAUAACCGUGGUGAUGAUUGUAUUUCGAAAACAUCGGUCAUGGCUUUGAGUGUCAUUAGCGCCACCUUGUUGGUGGUUUACAUAUGUACUGUAGCCUACUUUGUCACCCAAAGGCGAGCUUUGAAAGCUUUUCCUUAGCAGAGAGUAUCUUUGCACCAUUAGUUUUAUAUGAAUUUAGCAGUAUAUUAUUAUGCAGUAGGCAGUAGGUUUAACUUGGGGUAAAAUAGGUCAUAUUGUACCUUAGAUCUACGUCGCAACCUUAACUGUUUUAAGGUGUAGCCGUAGCAGAGUCGUUCUUCUUAACGUACAAAAAAGUGAUCAAUCACGUAGGCCUAAGCUUUUACUAUUUUAUGAUUAUAAUUUAAACUAUAUUAACUCUAACAAACUUAUUUAUCUGUAUUAUGUAUCUUACAUAUGUUUAAAUUACCCAGUUUCAUGAUUUACAAAGAUUGUAAGUACUGUUGGUAAGAUUAGCUCGCCAGAUGAAUGUGAGUACGAGAUGGUAAUUUUUUACUACUACUUUCAUUUAAGAAAUUUGAGCAAAGUUGAAGCUGACAUUAGGCAUUACCAAUAUCGAAGAAGUAUAGCGAUAUUUCGUAAUUUAUAUUAAUAAAUCAAAUCCAGUUUUAUACUUGUUUUUUUCUAGUGCUAAAAAAAUCCAAAAUAUAUCGAAAAAUGAAUUAAUCUUUUUUUAUGGAUAUAAACAUAUAUUGUUUGAACGAAAUUUGCACUGAUAAUUAUCAUUCGGAAUUUCGAAUGUUUUACAGAAAAAAAUAUAAAAAAGUAUCUGAAAACUAAAACUCCAACUGUCAAAAAACAUUCAUCUCGUAAAAAUUGGUACCGUUUUUGGUAUAUUUUAAAAUAUCUAAUGGCCGUAGUUUUACAAUUCUAGUGUGAAGUUUUAAAUAAUUUUUAUGAAAUGUUAAUUAAAUUAUCACUAUCCUGAGUUAUUAUUAUUCUGUGUAUCUGAUAAUAUAUUCGCUGUUUGUGUGCUUUUCUUGAAAGAUUAGGUGAACAAAAACGGUUUUAAUGUUUUUAUUUAAUUAUUCUUAGUACAUGUUUAGCAGAAUGGUUAUGGUAAAUGGGUGGGAAAAUUGGGAGUAGCAAAUUUACACUGUGUAAAAUACUGAGUUUUCUAAGUAGUAAAAUAUAAUAUAUUUAUUGAAUACUGA